AUGCUGGCAAUGGUGUCCUUGCUGUGCGCUGCACUGUUGUGCCUCCUUCUUUUUGUGGUUUGGAAAGUGCGUACAAAUGGCGAGUGGGCACUCUGGUGGCACGACAACUACUUGGAACGGUUAAAGGACUUUGUGACGGGCACCACGCGGCCAAUCAGGAUUCUGCAAUUCGUACAGCGCUGUGCCAAGCAUGGAGACGCCCUCAGUGUCAUUUCUGCCAUCGACUCUUUUUGCAGCAAGGUGGAAUGGGCGAUGAACGUUGGAGACAAAAAGGGGGAGAUCCUGGAUGCUAUUGUCUUGGAGACCCGUCCCCGGUGGGUGCUGGAACUGGGCACAUAUUGCGGUUACUCUACAGUGCGGAUCGCUAGGUUGCUGCCCCCUGGUGCGCGGCUUGUUACAAUAGAGAUGAAUCCACACUAUGCCCAGGUGGCCAAAGAAGUAAUUCAGCACGCAGGGUUGGAGGCACAGGUGGAAUUGUUGGUGGGCUCCAGCUCCAUCUUGAUCCCUCAGCUGAAGAAGAAACUGGACAUUGAGAAGUUUGACCUGGUGUUUAUAGAUCACUGGAAAAUCAGUUACCUCCCAGACACCAAACUGCUGGAGGAAUGUGGAUUGCUGAGAGCCGGUUCUGUUCUUUUGGCUGACAAUGUUGUGUGCCCUGGAGCCCCAGAUUACCUCCAUUAUGUACGGAACAGUCCUCAGUAUCAGAGCCAGUAUUAUCAGUCCUAUCUCGAGUACCUACAGGUGGAGGAUGGCCUAGAGAAAUCCAUCUUCCUGGGUUGA